CAACAAUCGUCCUCGAGAUGGAAUGGACAAUCCCGACGAUCCAAGCGCUGGUAGAAGCCUCCAUGAUGCGAGUCGCUCUUCAUGCAACGCCUUGUAGAAGAAGCAGACCAAGAACGAUGAAGCGCAGAGGAUCUUGGAGAGAAUCGCAGAGCAUGUGUUGCCCAUCUGCACGAAGCGGCGAUUCAAAGUGCGCAACCUGCUCGAGUUUUUCCCCAAGAAUGCCAACCUCCUCGGCAUGAACGUCAACGAAGGGUGGAAGAUCUUCCUACGACUCCGCCCGGCCUCGCAUCCAACGACCUUUCUUCCCUUUGAAGAAAUCCUCGGCACAAUGCUCCACGAACUUGUCCACAUGAAGAUCGGUCCUCACGACGCGUCUUUCUACAAAAUGCUGGACGAAUUAACCGAGGACAUGGAGAACCUCAUGGCGCGAGGCCUGCUGGGCGCGACGGGGGCCGCGUUUCAGGACACUGGCGAUGGACAGUCGUUGGGUGGAACCCGUGUCCUUCCCUCCCAACUCGCCAGCGUCCGCGCCGCCGCCGCCGCCAAGCGCAUCCAGCAUCAAGCCAUCAUGUCCACGAAUCGCCUCGGUGGUGCGUCGAUCUCUCCGUCCCAACUCCGUGGAAAGGUGCUGGAAGCUGCCGAGAAGCGGCUACGCGAUGCCGUCGCGUGUGCCACCGUCACAUGCACUCACGACGUCCCAUCCUCGUCCCAAACACAUGCGCCCAACCAUAUUAAACCCAUUGUCUGCAUCCAAGAAGAAUAUGAUGAACAAGAUGCGAUACAGUGGCAAUGUCCAACGUGCUCCGAGUGGCACAGCACAUCGCGGUUGCAUAUCUGCGACAGCGUCCUACGAAAGCGCAAGCGGCCACCAUCCCAACAUGUCACCAUCGACCUCACCUAGUCCACCCCUACCCCUUCAACACAGACAACCGACAUACUAUCAUACUUUCUCGUUGGAAUUUCAAUCGAUUUGAUUGGAGAAGAGCUCAGAAUUAUUAGCCAAUCAAAACCCAU